AUGGCGACGCCCAUCAACUCUGGCGGCUGGUCUCGGCGCUUCGUGUGGGCCUCAAAGGCCUCCGAGCUCGCCGACGUCGGCGACGACGGCAGCAUCAAGAUCAAAGCCGACGCGAACGUCAUGCUUACCCUUCAGGCGCACCUGCAGGUCGGGUACAACAGGACGUUGGCGCGAACGUCCCUCUCGUCGCCAUCAAGCUCAACGACGCCGUCGUGGGGGGGGACUUUUCUGGCCUCGGAUGCCCAGGGCCAGCAAGACUCGCAAUCCUGCGUCGUGCAGAAGCUCAUCGCGCUUUCGGAAGGCGACGUGAUCACGGCGGAAUUUCGGACGGCCACGUCGGCCCCCCAUCACCAUCACCACGGGAAUUACAUGCACAGCCAGGCAGAGCAGACAGAGUUGAGCCAGGCGUUCAAGACCUCGCUCAUGCUGAUUUGCUGCUGA